ACCAUUCACAGUGUGACACCAAGGUUCCUAAAGAAAUUAUACAAUGCUGCUUUACUGCUAAAAUAUCAAUUUAGUUUCUUAAAUCGCAACUUCUUUCUUUGCUUGUCGUUUGGUACUUUUAAUGUCAGCGGAAAGCACAGUAAAUAGCCUUGUCAGUCUAUGUCAUCAGUAUUGUAAUAAUGUUAUUUGCUAAGUGUUAUUAGUAGGUUUCGCGCUAGCUGGAGAAUGCUAGAUGGCUAACGUAACAAAUAACGUCACCUAGCCAAGCCAGCUGCUGUAGUAGUAGUAGCAUAGAUAUAUAUACUGACAGUAUAUAUAUCUAUGUAGUAGUAGGAGGAACCAGGAAGUUGUGUGGUGUCAAGGCAACUAAUAGUAGCUGUUAUUCUUUUAAUCAAGCCAUAAGUGCCUUAUAAAAUCGUCGGAAAUUAUACUCCAAGUGUGGCAAGUAUGAUUUUAAUACGAGUUUAAUGCGAGGAACGGAACCGGUUAGUCUGAAAUAUUUCGAAAUCAAUACCUGUCAUUUAAAAUCCCGUUUGUCCCGUUUACAAGCUCACUAGCUAGUAACUUAGGUCACCAGCGUCCACGCACGUGCUUUACAGCUUUAUAUAUCAUUUGUCUAUUUGACAGACAGUUUGAACAGAAUAAACAUGGUAAGCCUGGGCACUAGACUUUGGUGUCAAAUGGAAAUGUUUUGUAAAUAUAUGCCCAUCGUGUUAAACACGGUGCUUGUCUUUUCCAUCACUGCGGAAGUAAGCUACCUAGUCAUUGUGGAAGCUCCACUUCAACCUGAUGAGAAGAAAACUCAGUGGUCUACAAUAUGGAAGUCGAUACAUCUUUUUUGUCAGUAUUUCAUGCUUGGCAACAUAACUUGGAACGCAUGGUUGUUCGUGAAUGCAAACCCAAGCAUUCGUGGAGUAUUCCUUGGUGGAGAGGCCAUGGGACAAGGCUGGAGGUUCUGCUAUGCCUGUGAGACACACACGCCUCCAAGAUGUUCACAUUGCUAUGACUGCAAUGUCUGUGUCCUACGUCGUGACCAUCACUGUGUGUUUUUCGGCCAGUGUGUGGGCUUCCGGAACUAUCGCUACUUUUUUAGCUGCCUGCUCUUCAUGUGGUCCGGCCUGCUGUAUGCUGUGGUGAUGAACGCCGAAGUUUUCAUCGUCAUCCUAAAGGAGGGGGUCACCUUUCACAGCAUCAUGCUCCUCUUAGUGCCCUGGAUCAUGCUCGUCUCAGGUCAGGUGACAGCGCGGGCCUUUGCCUUUGCCUUCAUCGCUGACACCUGUGUGGUGGGCUUCCUGCUGGUGGCCGGCUUCCUGUUCUUCCAUGUUGCACUGAUGCUGAGGGGCCAGACCACGCGAGAGUGGCACUCCAGUCGCCGGCCCUACAGCCUUGGAAUUGUGGGCAACAUUAGGGAGUGCCUGGGCACCCGGUGGUACCUGUGCUGGCUCUGCCCGCUCAUCCCCUCUCCACUUCCUGGAGAUGGCAUUAAUUUCAAAGUCACCGGGCCACUGGAACCAGUUAGGGGAUAAUGGGAGAUGUUCUUCAUGAGAGGGUUGAAGUGGAGGUGUGGGGGUAAACUGGUGAAUGCAGCUGAUGGAGUUUUUUUUUUACCCCUUUCUCAACAACCAGCACUAAAGAAAAAAAAACUGUUUAAAUUCAGCGAAGUGUACACUCAUAACCUAUUUAAGGUAUUAUUUGCCAAAUCUGCCUCGGUUUUUUGGAAAGGAAAUGUGCAGCUCUAUAUCUUCAGUGAUUUAUACAUACAAUUUUAACUAGGUGCCAUUAUGACAAUUGCACUGUGGUCUUAAAUGUAUUUGGGCCUGUCUGGGAAGGAUUGUCCUUAAUGUUUCUUGAUUUAUUUUGUAUCCUAAUCGUCAGGGCAGGGCUUUAAGCAUGUUCACUUUUGGUAUACGGUUUCUGUUUGUUUACAUUCUUUAAUGAAUACUUCUGAGCACUUUUUGUUUAUAUUUUUGUCCACUCCUUGUCAAUUUUUUGAAUGCAUGAAUGGGUUCAAUAUUUGAAUGUCAUUUUGAAUCUAGUCACAAAUAAACAGAAAUCAGUAUGGA